AUGGCGACCCUUCAUCUUUCCGUGCCCGUGGCUGCGGCUCUGGCAAGUAGCGGUUUGAGUCGCGGACACCUCAGAAGAAGACAAGUAGUCACCGCUCAAGCCAGCGGAGACAGCACAUUCACGAGUCCCAAGGCGGGGGCUGUAGGGGUGAAGCGGCUGCAGGAGGGAGCUGCACCCGGCACAUACUACGGUCCCAAGAUCGAGAACGGGAAUCCAAUCACCGUGGAGUUCGAUCUUGGAUCUGAAACUAUCACAGUGGAGUCAAGGGAGGGCGAGAACCUUCUGCACCUGGCCGAGAGAUGUGGCGCCAUGAAACCCUCCGAGGAGUUCUGCUUCGAGGGGACGUGCUGCCACUGCGAGAUGGAGGUUGAGGGAGGAGCAAGUGAGGCGGGGUAUCGUGCCAUGGGUGGUUCUGACCUCAUUCGCAGCUGCAUUUGUCCAGUGCCGGGUCGCAACGGCGGAACCCUCAAAGUGCGCAUUCUCAGCGAGGAGGACGCGUGGGGGGAUGGUGUCCUGUAA